AUGGCACUGCCUUCCUUUGUGGUGGGAUGGUUUCACCUUCCCUUUUUGGCCUGCCAUGUCAUUCUUCUUCCCAUCAUCAAUCUUUCCACCAUGUCCACUCCACCGUUGACGGACACGAGCGCCGCGUCACAGGCCCCGAACUCUGCAUCACCAACUGCACCGCUGACGCAGACAAUCCCACAGACAACCGAUUGGGCAGUCUUCAAGGGCAACUGUCACUGCGGCCGGUAUCGCUUUGAAUAUUCGCUCCCUAAAAGCCAUAGGCUCGUGGACAGAGCUUUCAGAUGCACCUGCACGCUGUGUUCCAUGAAGGGCUACAUUUGGCUUCCUCGUUCCUCGAAACCUGACGAGGGCAAAUUGACAUGGACACGAGGUGAUGGCCGUUUGAUCAAGUAUGAAAGUCCUUUAGUAUCGGAUGAGUUCUGUGGCAACUGUGGCACAGGAUUGCAGGGCAUGCAUUCGCAUGGACCUCUGAAGGGACUACUGUUGGUCAAUGUGCGGGCUUUUCAGGGUGUCAGUAUCUUCUUCCUUGAGUCGCUUGUCAAGACAGUCUAUCUCGAUGACGAAGUAGCUCGAGAACUAUUGCCUUGGACUCCAGAUGUCAUGUACCACGGUAGGUGCCACUGUGGAACAGUUCGGUUCGAGCUGAUGAGAACGGGACGAAACCCGGAAAAGCCAUGGCCAGUGAAAGAGGACAAUUGCAGUUCUUGUGUGAGAGAUGCCUUUGUCGGGAUGUAUCCCAUGAGGGACUAUGUAGUCUUUUCCGAUGAAGCAUACACCAAGACCUUCGAGUACUUAUAUAACCAGCGGGCGCACGGUCUUCGGCACUGUGUCACUUGCGGCGUGAUGGUUUUCAUGACAGUUUAUGGGCCUCCCGAUCUCGCAGAGAGGCUGAAGUAUCUCGAGGGGCAGGAUCCUGAGCGAGGCAAGGCGGCGAAGAAGAUUAUUGAGGCGAAGCUGAAUUUGCAGCCCGUGAACUUGCGGACACUUGAGAGAGUCGACUGGUAUGAAAUUCGGCAGCGGAUCGAAAGAACUGAUACAGGAACUGAGGGCUAUGUUCUCGCUGAUUGAACAAGGCUUCGGUUGGGUGACGGGAUGCGGUUGAUACGUACCUCCACUGUGUACGUGUUAGCUUACGAGUGACCACGUUCUAUGUGGUCUCGCUUUGACAGUCCUAAUGUUAUGCGCGGUGACUUUUCUAUC